UUUCAAAGGUUAACCACAAUAGUAGUCAACAUUCACGAUUACAAUUAAUUCAUAAAACACUCACAAUCACAAUGAUAAUACUGUUAUGAAUAGGCGAAAUAAUAGUGAUAAUAAUAAUAAUCUCUCACGUAAAAUCGCAACACGAAGGUCAAACAACAACAACAAUAAUCGAAAUCAACGAAAGAAUCUUGUUGAUAAUAGUAGUAAUCAUAAGAAUAGUAAUAACCAGAAAAACCGUCGCAGACAGCAAACUGUGGCAAAUGUUUCGGACAACGAUGAUGAUGAUGAUGAUGAUGAUGAUGAAAACGACGAUUCAAAUUCCGAAAUGGAUAGUGAUUCUAUUAGUGAUGAUGAUUCAAUCGACAGUAGUCAAAUUCAACGAUCAUCAAAAUCUGUGAAUAAAAAUAGGAAUCGUAUGAAUAAUAAUAAUAAUAAUCGAUCCACAUCAAUAAAACAAUCUACUACAACAAAUCGUUUGAAUGAUAAACGAAUAAUAUCUGGAUCGAAAUCAAAUAAUUCAAUAACAAAUAAUAAUCGAUUUUCAACGAAACGAUGUUCAACAAUCAAUAAUACUAAUGAUGAUAUGGAUGCUGUUAAUGUUCGUACACGACGUCGAACAUUAUCAUCAUCAUCAACAACAACAACAACAAGAAUUGAACAAAGAAAUGGUGAUGUUUAUAAUAGUAAUAUAUUAUCAUCACCAAAACGUGCUUUACGUAAUAAUACAACUAUUACUAGUGGUAGGAUUCUACGAAAUAAUUCUCAUAAUUUAUUACAAUCAUCAUCAUCAUCAUCAUCAUCAUCGAAAAGUCCUAGAAAUCAAAAUCAUCAUUGACCGAUCC